AUGUCCAACGAACCCGGUGUUGUCGCCGAUUGCGGUCGCUCCCCCAACUGUAUUCUGAAUACCACACCGAAUAGGACCGGCUUUGUCGAACCUCCCAGCAACCAUGAUAGCAGCCACCAUCAUCCCGGUUUGUCGAGCCAGAACUAUGGCGCUUCCGCCUGGUCCAGCAGCACGACUGCUCAACCGACCUUAUCACUGGCACCGAUCGGCUUCGAUCGCCAAAUGCCCAUGAUGCCUUACUUUGGGGAGGCCACCAUGGGUCCCCUUGGUGGUCCUUUGACCGCCACCCCUCUUAGAACCCAGCAACAACAGCACUACAUGCCGUUGAACUCGGACGUCAACAUGAGGUCACACAACCCAGGGGGCAUAAGUCAUCCGACAUUAUUACCAAACGGCCCUACUGAGACACCGGCUGGCGCUCGGAAUGUACCUCAGCACUCUCGUCAGCCCGUCACUGACCCAGUUCGCUCCGAGAGCGGCAAUCCACCCUCUCAUGAUGACAGGUCUUGCUCCCUCCCCGCCGGGAACUUUCUUCACCUGGCAGUCUAUGCUGACUUUGAUGCAGCAACAGCCCGCAGCCACUCAAUCUCCGAUGCACAUGGCCUAGCUGUACUAACCGAAGACCGUUCGCCCGCAAAGGGGACCUUAAACGUCACUGAAAGUUCUGCGCUUAUAAUGGAAGAGGGCGAGCUAUGUGGUAGACAGUUCCACUCCCGAACCAAUCGUGACUGUGGUACUGUUAUGUGGGGCUCGGGAUCAACCGAGAACAGUACUAUUGGUACUGCAUUAUUACCCGGGCAUUCGUCGCACUAA